GGGUUUCUCAGCAGACAAAGCCACUUCCUCAAUCUUUUCUUGCAGGAUAACUGAUAGGCAACGCUGGCAGCAUGGUUCAGAUCCUCCAGGCUGGCCACACCAUAGUCCUUUUCCAGCACCAAGCAUGCAUGUUACAGGGCUGCCCACUCACACGUGUUUGAUUGUAUGUAACCUUCUAGCUGAGUCUUAGAGAAGUCCAUCCAGCAAAUGCCCUUCAGUUCCAGACAGGAAAACAUUAUCCCUACUUUGUGACUUGGUAAAUUUAAGUGCAAAGGAAUUCAACAGAACUAUUCUGCAGGGUUUACGUGACUUGUGCCUUUAAAUUGCUUGUUCCUCCGCUUCUCGUGUAACAAUCUGCCCUGAACCAGGCGGCCCCAACUGAUGUGCAUGAGGAUGGAGCAGCAACAGAAGCUGCGUCCCUUCGGUGAGCAGAUCAGUGUGUAGUGUAUUGUCACGAGCUCCCUUUUUUAUUGUUAUUGCUCACUUUUGCGACUGCAGCGUUUCACACACCACAUGUAUAAGUGCAGGUCACCUUAAUCCCCUCCCUACAGAGACUGUGACUUUUCCUACGGUCAUUAAGGUUGGGAAAGACCUCUGAGAUCUCAAAUCAGUCAGGUCUGUUGGAGACAAUUGAGAGGGAUGAAAACGUUAUAGAUGGAAGUUCAUGCAGACAAGAGAGCAUCUGCAGGAGUAUUGCUGAUGUUCCUUUUCCACAAACACCAGCCAGGUCGAUCAGUGAACUAUUUCUGAAUCACCGUUCCCAAACGAGACUCCGCUUAGCUUGCUGAGCUGCGCAGGAUCGCGCAGUGAUUUAAUGUUAAAGAUAACUUUUGUGAUUGGAUAAAUUCCAGUAAAUGUUCCUGUUGCUAACGAAGAACUAAAAAAAAAUUAGCUAAACAGGAUGUACUGAUAAACACUGCAACAUCGGCCAAAAGCUCAGUAUUGCUUUUCAUGAAGCCCAUAUAAAUAAUUAUUAAAAUAAUCAUCUGACAGUCUCCCAGCUUCCACCGGGUCCCUUGGCAGCUCACGGGAACAGGACCAUCUGUAAAGCACAACCCUGCACCACAGGGGUGUUCCUUGCGGAGCAUUCUUAUUUGAAUUAGACCCAUUAGGUCUGUGUUUCUGCGGUUUCUGAGCAGUCUGACAUUAAGGUCUAUGUUGUCCCCAAGUCAGGUAGUAGGUGCAGUGAUGUUCUGUUUCACACUUUUAAACCACAACAGAGCAGAGAGUUCAGACGCUGAGCUGCACAGACAGUCGUGUGCUGCAAGCCAGAGGCCGAUCCCGAGGAGGCAAAGCAGGUCAGAUUCCCAGUGGCUUUCUGAAAAUCCAAACAACUCGAUGCUCUAAGUGGGUGAAGUCCAAGCCUCACGAACGCAUUGACCCCCUGCGCUAAGGGCGAGGCUGGAUUUCACCCCACUGCUUGAGACCGUUUAAGCAAUGCCACUGUUUGACACUGCUGGCAAUGAGCUCCAGCGAGUGUAAACCGAGCCGCCUGCUUAUGUAGUGCAAGAGAAAUGCCAAGCAAGGCUCACGCAAGCACUAUAAAAAGCCAUUGGGAAGUUGGACUUCAUUGGAAAGAGGACUUAGCACUAAGUGAAACACACCAACCACCACCGAGGCUCACACACAGCAAUGACCAUUCGCAGCCCUGAGAUCAGGAGGAGAGAGCAAAACUGAACUUCCCAGGCAAGGGCAAGCAGAAACCUUGGGAGUGUUUCCAUGGUCAGCUCGGUGCUGCAUUUGGAGAGGAGGAAAGGUGGGAGAGGAGGAAGGAGUGCCCUGCUCAGAGCUGCACCCACCUCCACUUGGGACUUUCUCCUGCAGCAGCCCGAGGGGUGCCAAGACGUCCCAGCAGAGCAGCGAGAGGCAAAAGGAUGAAGGUACACAAACCCAAAUUUGGGGAAAUGGUGCAAAGCUCAGCUCAGCAGGGCUGGGAGCCGAGCAAGCGAGUCCCACAGAAGCAGGCAUGGGUUGGGAACCAUGCAUGUGCCCCAGCGCAGCCCCGAAGCGGAGCCGCAGGCAAAGCAGCACCUUGCAGCACCCCGUGAUGUCAUUCAGGUCGCCGGGCACAUGUAAACACGACUGGUGCGGUGCAGCCGAGACACUCCACUUCCUCCUGACAGCACGGCUGCUCUUGGCUGGGUUUCUGCCUGCAAAGGAAUGACCCACCCGCCCUACACCACAACAAACGUUUCCAGCUGCCCAGUCAUGAUGCAGAGCAACCAGACCUGCUCCAAUCACAAUAUAACGUUCAAAAACAGCCUGUAUGCAGCCACAUAUACCAUCAUAUUCAUCCCCGGCCUCCUGGCAAACAGCGCUGCCCUGUGGGUCUUGUGCCGCUUCAUCAGCAAGAAGAACAAAGCCGUCAUCUUCAUGAUCAACCUGGCCGUGGCCGACCUGGCUCACGUCCUCUCACUGCCACUGCGAAUAUAUUAUUAUAUUAACUCCACGUGGCCUUUUGGGAGGUUCCUUUGCUUACUGUGUUUCUACCUGAAGUAUCUCAACAUGUACGCCAGCAUUUGUUUCCUCACCUGCAUCAGCAUCCAAAGGUAUUUCUUCCUGUAUCAGCCGUUCAAAGCCAAGGACUGGAAGAGGCGGUACGACAUGGCCAUCAGCUCUGUGGUGUGGCUCUUUGUUGGGCUGGCAUGUUUGCCAUUCCCCAUCAUGCGCAGCUAUGGCCUGGCCAAAAACACGAAUACUUGCUUUGCAGACCUUCAAGUCCGGCAGAUCGAGAGCAAGGUGGCCACCGUGCUGAUGACAGGCACGGCGGAGCUCUUUGGGUUCAUCGGCCCACUCAUCAUUAUUUUAUUCUGUACUUGGAAAACCAAAGAUUCUCUUCAGGGCUUCCAGAUACCACUGCAGAACAGCAGUGAGAAGAGAAAGGCUUUAAGGAUGGUUUCCAUGUGUGCCAUUGUCUUCUGCGUCUGCUUUGCACCAUAUCACAUCAACUUCUUUUUCUACAUGUUGGUGAAAGAAAACGUCAUUACAGACUGCUUCCUGAGCACCAUCACGCUCUACUCCCAACCCUUUUGCCUAAGCCUUGCGAGUCUGGACUGCUGUUUGGAUCCCAUCUUGUAUUUCUUUAUGACUUCAGAGUUUCAGGACCAGAUAUCAAGGCACAGCAGCAUGGUCAUCAGGAAUCGGCUCAUGAGCAAAGAGAGUGCCUCAUCACUUAAGGAGUGACAACAAAGCCAGCUGAAAAGAAUGAAGACAUUUCAUAUGUAAUUUGGGACCGUUCUGUGAUACUCAAUUACCAACUCUGUUGUGGAAGAUCUUGCAAGUUUACUUAUGGGAGUUUUGUGGCAGUGGAAAUCUUUCAAUAUAUUGAAGAUAAAACUCUGAUUAAGACCGAUGUGUUGGUAGCUGAUGAGUGACCCAACAGGUGUGACUACACAUACCACUGUGCCAUCCAUGCCCAACAUAGCUGGACCAGAAAAUAUGCAGGAGGGAGCGACAAAGCUUUUGCUAGGAAACGGCAGCAACGUCCCAGAGCCAGCUCCGUGGAUCUAUGAUCCAGCCAAAGGACAACCCCACAUCCAUACACUGACAUCCGCUGAAGUGUCUCCUCUGCUGAAAACGCACAACUCAUAAGAGAACCUGAAAAUUGCCAGUAAUAAUAAAUGGCAGUUUUGACCUCCUCACUCAGGGCUGCAAACGUGUGAAGGUUGGCAGCUUGCUUCAGGACAGCAGCCUCAGCUUUGAGAGCGGCCCACUGGUCACCGCAUUUGCCUCUGCUUCACUUUUCCCACACUCCUUCUCCUAUUCUCAUCCAUUGUUUCCUCCUCACCCAGAUCUGUUUGCUCCUUAAUUGCUGAUGCAUCCCAUAACUUGCACCUACAGCUGGCGCGAGACCCUCUGCAGGACAAAUUCUCCUGGUGGCUCCUCAAACACUCAGAGAGCGGGACCUUCCCUUGCUCUGAAUGACUUUCUUCCACUCUGAGCUGCCCUUGAGGGAGAGGUGGUAUCAGCCCAUGGUGAUCACCUUUGGACCCUGAGGGGCAGGACCAGUGGCAGCGUGCCUGGGCUGAGCGCAGCCGGACUCGGCAUCGGCACCAGUACCGGUCAGGUCCUUGCUCUCUCCUGUGUGGUUUCUUGGGCCGAGAUGUACCUGUGAUGGAUCCACCACAUGAAACCUCAGCUUAAUGGGUUCAACAGACAUCUGGAGAGGGGUCCUUGCCAAAGUGAUCUCACUAAUAAAGGCUCAUUUAAGUUAUUAAUUGUGAUUUUUUCUACCAGUUGUGCUCAUGAUCUUAAUGUUUACACUUUUAUAACUUCAUUUGCUACGAAUAUACAAAAAGCAGUCACAAGAAAGGAUGCCACUGACCCCUAUUUUAAAUUAGUGACAGCUUUUCAGCUAAGUUCUCCCACUUUGCGUAACUUCAAAGGAAUUCCCAUCUGACCUGGGGACUGUCUUCUCUGAAUACAGGCACUGAUUUCUUGCCUUUGAAAACCAGUGGUUUUAUAGAAGGAAUGUGUCCAGUUCUCAGUGUUCUCCGUGCUCAGCAGCAUCGUACAUGUUGCUACAAAAUAGAAUACUGGCUCAGUUAGUGACUGAGAGCCGUUUGCUGUGAUUUAUUUUUCAUUCAGUUUUCCAUUUACCAGGCAAAACUAUUAUGGUGACUGUGUUGCUUGUCC